UAUAUUUACAAAUACUUGCUACUGACCUAGUGACCUUUAAAUUUAUAAUUUAAGAGUUUGUUAGGACAACCAUGUGGCGUGUAGUUUAGACCGGCUCCCUUAUCUAAAAAUGGCAGUGGCGGCGAGGCUUAAACUCCUUCCACGGCCAUCUUCUCUUCCCUCUCUUCAUUUCCCGUCAUUGCCAUUGCCUUCUUCCAGAAAUUCCUCUGCAAGGAUAUCUGCAUCUCAAUCCACCAGCACUAACCCAAAUUUCAAACUCAGAAUGGCUUCUUCCUCCUCUUCUUCUUCUUUUGCUAAAGUCAUCGAUUCACAUCUUCAUGUUUGGGCAUCUCCAGAAGAGGCUGCUGCAAAAUACCCUUACUUUCCAGGCCAACAACCCACCUUAACCGGGCAUGUUGAUUUCCUGCUCCAGUCCAUGGAAGAAGCAGGAGUAGACGGUGCUCUUAUUGUCCAGCCGAUCAACCAUAAAUUUGAUCACUCUUAUGUGACCAGUGUAAUUAAUAAGUAUCCAAACAAAUUCGUUGGUUGUUGCCUAGCAAAUCCAGCUGAAGAUGGAUGUGGAAUUCAACAGCUGGAACAUCUUGUAACAAAGGAUGGAUACUCUGCUGUUCGCUUUAAUCCAUACUUAUGGCCAGCAGGUCAAAAGAUGACAAAUGAGGUUGGGAAAGGAUUAUUCUCAACAGCAGGAAAGCUUGGGAUUCCUGUGGGUUUCAUGUGCAUGAAGGGACUAAACCUUCAUAUUGAAGAGAUAAAAGAGCUUUGUACAGAGUUUCCUUCAACCACUGUAUUGCUUGAUCACUUGGGUUUCUGUAAACCUCCAGAAAAUGAAGAAGAGAGUCUUGCACUUUCCCAGCUUUUGGAGCUAGCAAGUUAUCCCCAGGUAUAUGUGAAAUUCAGUGCACUAUUUAGGGUGUCAAGAAGGCCAUUUCCAUACCUGGAUUUGUCCCCCCACCUCUCUCAGAUUGUAUCCAGCUUUGGAGCAAACCGCAUCAUGUGGGGAAGUGACUUCCCAUUCGUCGUUCUUGAAUGCGGAUAUAAAGGAGCAAUUGAUGCAGUAUCAGUUAUAGCCAAUGAAAUUUCUCUUUCUUCUACUGAGUUGGAGUGGAUUAAAGGCAAAACUGUGGCUCAUCUGUUCCAAAGUCGAUGGAUAGCUUAAUCUACUAGUCUCAAUAAUGUGUAAGGCCCCAAAUUAUUAAGACUUAAAAGUAGGAGGGUGUAAAAAGGAGAAUUUAUGGGGAAGGCAGCAUGUAGAAAAGGUCGACAAUUUAUAGCUUAAGGUGUAGGAGAUGUUCCAGCUCUCUUGAAUAGCUGAAGAAAUUCUGAAACUCCGCGUUAUCUUUUGUUUUCUCAUUUGGGAUUGAUAUGUGGAUCUUGCAGCAAAUUCAUCAACAGAACAGCGUUAUAGUUCUCAA